CGCCGCGUGAAACCGCCUUCCUUCAUGGCGGACGGCGGUGGCGGGCCGGCAUAUGUGUUUCACAUGGAAGAUGCCGAUGCCGGCGACGACGACGGUGGCGAUGACGAUGGCGGCGACAUUGCCGGACUUCUCAGCCAAGCUGGAGCCAUCACGGACAGCGCGAUUGCAAGUGGCAUCUUGGUCCCGGACCAUCCAUGUGCCACAGACAACGUUGCAGGCAGCACACACCAACCAACAGCGGAACUAUGUGCUGGCAGCGUCGCCGACACUGCAACGACAGAUCGUUUGAUUCACGACCACGCGGCAUCUCGCCCACAAGACGUUUUGCCGAACGUAGGAAAUCCCGACGCUCCUGAACUUGCCGUGGCGAUGUUGUCCAUGCCAACGGCGGCUUCAGGGGUUGACCUCUCCGCCUUCACUGGAGAUGAUCGACCUCAGCAUGAGAUACCCACGCCUCUCGUUAGCCACCCGUCAAGCUCACCUCGUCCACAAUCGGCACCUCAAACGGUUGGAGACGUUCCCAGCCCACAUAAAGCUGCACCACUCGCCACACAACACGACAUGCCCAACAAUCUCUGCGAGCCAUCCAGCGCGGGUGCGGCGUCCCCGCCGAUACUCUCGGGAGUCGCGAUAUCCGCUUCCGCUCUGCUCCCCACGUCACCGCUGCAUGGCCCUGAGCCCCCUCCGCCAGUUCACGGGCGCUCGCCGCAUCACCGUCGUCGCCGGGACUCGGGCAUCCACACUGUUUGCCCGUCGCGCACUUUUACAGAUACCGCGCAGUGCAAAAUCGCUUACGUCACUGCCCUCCGGCACUUGGCGAAAACGAAAAUGCCCUCGACGGCCAUGGAGCAACCUCCCAUUUCGUCUGCACCUCCAUCCAUCAUUCUCUCGCAUUGGACUGUGGACUCAGCCGUGGAUCACUUGGUCAAGCUAGCUCAUGACGCCUCCAUCGCGCCUCCUUGCACUCCAUCUGCCAACGCCCCCAUAGUCGAUACUGCUGUCGAGAAACUUGCCAAACCCAAGCCCCGCCACUCGCCCAAACUCGGCGCAUAUGCCACGGUCGAAGACGCCCGGGAGUGUCGCUUUCGGCCAAAGAAGACCCGCGCCAGCGUCCGUGCGAUGAAAAACCCAGCUUGCGGGUACGAUUUCGUGACGCGGACGGCCGAGACCGACAGCGCGAACGACUUUAUCGGGCGCAUGGACGCCGCUGAGCAGAAUCGGCAAAAGCGCUUGGAGUUGAUUCGAGGCGAAGAAGCGUACAAUGUCCGGCAGAACAAGCGGCAGUGCCCCAAGUGUGGCAUGGUGCAGUCGUUUGCCGAGUGGCGCGACAAGAAGAAGCGGUGCACGUUUUGUGGAGUCACGUUUGUCCUGCCCAAGGUAUGGAGUGACGUGAGCGACACGUUUCUCGAGCGGAUGGAGGAGUGGGGCCGGCACCACGAAGCCAACCAGGUCAAGAUACGACAGGCAGUGACGCUCUUGGAGAGGACCCGUGGCACCGUGGCCAAGAGUUCGCGCCAAAAGUUUCUCGAGAAACGACUGGCGUCUCGGCAGCACACGGACGACCCGCUUGCUUUCAUCCACGACUUCCUUACGCAAACGCGAAAGCAGCUGCCUGCACGAAGCGGCCAGCGCCGGAUCCAAGUACCACCAAAUUUUCCAGAGCGACUCAUGCAGGCCAUUGCCGCGAUGGCAGCGGCGCAACCACCCGCUCUUCCCGACAACUCGCGCCACGCUAUUUAA